CCGGAAACUAGCCGAAGUUGUGUUGUUUGAGAAAUAUCAUUAUUUAUUUUUUAUUUAAAUAAUUCUCGUGUUCUGUGCAGUGUUGUAUUGUAUUGGAUUAAUUAUAGCAAAGGUGCAGACAUCAUCUCCAGACUGACUCAGAGAAUGUAAAAUGGAGGUUGACGUCCGAAUCACGACGGCAGCGCUGUUAUUAUUCGCUGCCAGCUUUGUCAACGCACAAAAUGAUGGAUUGCGAUGUACGUACAUGAAAGAAAUACCCAGAGGAGAAACUCCCGUUUUUGAAAUAAAGGACUUUGAUGGAGUACCAUGGAACCAGCAGCCUCUUAUACCACUGCCACAGCGAGAGGAACUGUGCAUAGAAGAUCCUGCCUUUGCAGGAAAUUCCAUCGUCAUGACAAUUUUUAUGGAGGAAGAGAUCGAGGGAGAAAUAGCUAUAGCCAAGUUAAAUUAUAAAGGCACUGAAACCCCGAGCAUCAGGCAACCCUUCGCAUCGGGUAGUUUCCACAUGCUCGGUCCUGUCAUUCGUCGGAUUCCUGAAGAUGGCGGCGACUGGCACCUUGUUAUCACUAAUAAGCAGGACUACGAGGCUCCCGACAUGCAGCGCUACUCGUUCGACAUCUCGGUGCCGAGUGAAUCAGCCGUCCUCAUAGUGAUGCUGGACAUCAUCAACAUCGACGACAACGCUCCCAUAAUACACAUGAUCGACCGUUGCGAGAUACCCGAGCCGGGCGAGUUAGGCCGCACGUCGUGUGUGUACACGGUGACGGACGCGGACGGUCGCCUCAGCACGGAGUUCAUGACGUAUGAGAUCGAGAGCGACCGCGACGAUGCGGUCUACUUCGAGCUGGUCAACGACCACACGCUCGACCCUGACGACAAAACCACCCACAUGGUCCUCUACCUACACAAAGCCCUAGACUUCGAGCUCAAUCCUCUUCAUAUAUUCAGAGUCACGGCUUUGGACUCAAAGCCCAACACCCACACUGUGACAAUGAUGGUGCAAGUCCUGAACGUGGACCGUAGGAACCCGCGCUGGCUGGACAUCUUCGCCGUGCAGCAGUUCGAUGAGAAGACUGUGCAGAGGUUCCACAUCAGGGCCAUAGACGGUGACACGGGGCUCGACAGAGAAAUCUACUAUAAGCUGGAAGCGGACGAAGAAGAUACAUUCUUCUCCCUGGAACCAAUCGCGGGAGAUCGCAGCGGCGCCACAUUAGUUGUUGACAAGAUAGACAGAGACACUCUACAGCGGGAAGUGUUCCAGCUGUCCAUAGUAGCGUAUAAGUACGGUAUCGAUGAUAAAGAGGGGAAGAACCCCUUCGAGACCAGAGCCAACAUCGUGAUCAUCGUCAAUGACGUCAACGAUCAAAGGCCUCUCCCUUUCAAGAAUACCUACACAAUAGAAAUAGACGAAGAGACGCCCAUGACCCUCAAUUUAGAAGACUUUGGGUUCCACGACAUAGAUCUCGGUGAAAACGCUCAAUAUGAAGUGUUCUUGGAGAGUGUAUACCCUGAAGGUGCCGAGGAAGCUUUCAUGAUCUCCCCGACGAGGGGAUACCAGGAACAAUCGUUCAUAGUGUCGACGAGAAACCACCACCUUCUGGAUUAUGAAGUGGAAAAAUAUCAAAACAUUCAGCUAAAGGUAAGAGCAAUAGACUUGAACGACACUCGUUUAACGGGCGAGGCGUUGUUGAACAUUAACCUCCGGAACUGGAACGACGAGCUCCCGAUCUUCGAGCACAGCGCGCAGACGGUAGACUUUGACGAGACUGUCGGAAAGGACUUCCCUGUGGCCAUCGUCAAGGCUGACGACAGAGAUAUCGGUGAUAAAGUUGUACACUCAUUGCUAGGCAAUGCUGAAGAUUAUCUGAAAAUUGAUCCGGACACUGGUGAGAUAUCUGUCGCUCACGAUGACUACUUCGACUUCCAUCGGCAAAAUGAGUUCUUUGUCCAGGUCCGCGCCACGGACACGCUGAUGGAGCCCUACAACUCGGUGACCGCGCAGCUCACCAUCAGGCUGCGGAACAUCAACAACACGCCGCCCACGCUGCUACUCCCUCGCGGUAGUCCUGAAGUGGAAGAGAACGUGCCGCAAGACUUCGUGAUACCGGCGGAGAUCGCGGCCACGGACCCCGACCUCGACGCACAACUCGAGUUCGAAAUAGAUUGGGAGAGCUCGUACGCGACCAAGCAGGGAAGACCAGCUCCCGAUGUUGAGUUCCAUAAAUGCGUGGAAAUAAUAACCAUCCCCACGGAGACCCGUCACCGCGUCAUCGGGCGCCUCGACGUGAGGACCAUCAGAGAGGGAGUCACCAUCGACUACGAGGAGUUCGAGAUCCUGUACCUCAGCAUCAAGGUCUAUGACAGGAACACUGUGGCUGGUGCUAUCGAUCAUGCUGAAUCGAUCCUGGCCAUCAACAUAAUCGACAUGAACGACAACCCGCCGGUGUGGGCGGCGGGACAGCUGCGGCAGGCGCUGCGCGUGCGCGAGGGCUCGCCCGCCGGCGGGAUCAUCGGCUCACUGCUCGCCACCGACAUCGACGGCCCGCUCUACAAUAAAGUGCGGUACUCCAUACAUCCUAAGCCAGGCACCAAAGAAGGCCUAGUAGCGAUCGAUCCCAUAUUGGGUCAGCUGACGGUCCUGGGUGACGGAGAGAUAGACGCAGACGUGCCCAAGACCUGGACCCUGGAGUACACCGUCAUCGCCAGCGACCGCUGUGUGGAGGACGACGGCGUGGCCUGCACCGGCACGGACCCCACUGUCUGGAACACCGAAGGCGAUUUAUCUAUCGACAUCAUAGACACAAACAACAAGAACCCGGAGACCGCGAGCCCCAGCAUUACCGUGUGGGUUUGGGAGAACGCGACCCAUGGGGACCCCGUAGCACAGCUCUCCGCCACCGACCUUGACAGAGACGAGUUAUACCACACGGUCCGCUACCAGAUCCUGUACUCGGUGAACCCGAUGCUGCUGGAGCUUUUCGCGGUGGACCAGGACUCGGGCCUCAUCACCGUGCACUACACUACCGACACGGUGCUGGACAGAGACGGCGACUAUCCGGAACACACCAUCUUCCUCAACCUCUUCGAUAACUUCUUUUUCGAUGGAGACGGGCAACGCAAUAUGGCGGAGAAGAGAGUGCUCGUGGUUCUGUUAGAUGUGAACGACAACGCUCCCGAACUGCCGCUGCCUGAAGAACUAUCCUGGUCUGUGUCCGAAGACGAGAGAGAAGAAGUACGCGUACUACCACAUAUCUACGCUCCGGACAGAGACGAGCCGGACACGGAUAACUCUAGGGUCGGCUACGCGAUUCUUGGCCUUAAAGUGACCAACAGAGAGAUCGAAGUCCCGGAGCUGUUCAACAUGAUUCAGAUAGAGAACAAGACAGGAGAGCUCGAGACCGCUCGCCAUCUGAAAGGAUUCUGGGGAACUUAUAGUAUACAUAUACAGGCGUACGACCACGGCAUCCCUCAGCAGAUAUCUGAGGAGACGUACACCCUCACCAUCCGCCCCUACAACUACCACGAACCGGUGUUCGUGUUCCCACAGGCUGGCAACACCUUCCGCUUGUCCAGGGAGCAGUCGACAGUGAACGGCGUGUUGGUCCGCGUGGACGGGCAGAGCUUCCCGCGCGUGUCGGCCACCGACGGGGACGGGCUGCACGCCGGCAGCGUCAGCUUCAGCGUCGUCGGGGCUGCCGCUGAAUACUUCUCCAUGCGUAACUUCGAGGACAACACUGGCGAGCUUUACCUGUCGCAGCCCUUGCCUCUAGAAGACGAUGGAUUUGAUAUCACCAUCCGCGGUUCUGACGCGGGCACAGAGCCGGGCUCGCUGUUCUCGGAGGUGUCCUUCAGACUGGUGUUCGUGCCCACGCACGGGGACCCUGUCUUCAGCGUCAGCCAGUAUACUGUCGCUUUUAUAGAAAAAGAGGCUGGUUUACUGGAAUCCCAUCAACUGCCGAGAGCUGUGGACCCGAAGAACUACAUGUGUGAGGAAAUGAACGAGCCUUGUCAUGAGAUAUACUACAGUAUUAUCGAUAACAACGAGGAGGGUUACUUCCAAGUGGGCUCGACCACAAACGUGAUCUCCCUAUCCCGCGAGUUGGAGCGUGCCUCGCAGGCCAGUCACGUGGUCCGCGUGGCGGCCUCCAACACUCUGCUGGACCCGGCCGCGCCGCCGCCGCUGCUGCCCUCCUCCACCUUCCUGCUCACCAUCAAUGUCCGUGAGGCUGACCCGCGGCCAGUAUUCGAGAGAGAGAUCUACACCGCCGGCAUCUACGAGACGGAUACAUCCAACAGGGAACUACUCACUGUUCAUGCGACACAUACCGAAGGCCUAGACAUAACGUACACGAUGGACCUGGACACGAUGGUGGUGGACCCCUCGCUGGAGGGCGUGAGGGAGUCCGCCUUCACGCUGCACCCGAGCAGCGGCGUCCUGUCCCUCAACAUGAACCCGCUCGACACCAUGGUCGGCAUGUUCGAAUUCGAUGUCGUGGCCACUGACACCAGAGGUGCAGAAGCCCGUACUGACGUGAAGAUCUAUCUGAUCACCCAUCUCAACAGAGUCUACUUCUUGUUCAACAACACGCUGGAUGUCGUUGACUCCAACAGAGCUUUCAUAGCGGACACGUUCUCGUCGGUGUUCAGCCUGACGUGCAACAUCGACGCGGUGCUGCGCGCGCCGGACAGCAGCGGCGCCGCGCGCGACGACCGCACCGAGGUGCGCGCGCACUUCAUACGGGACCACGUGCCCGCCACCACCGAGGAAAUAGAGCAGCUCCGUAGUAACACAAUACUGCUGAGAGCGAUUCAGGAAACCCUGUUAACUCGCGAACUGCAUCUGGAGGACUUUGUGGGUGGCUCCAGCCCAGAGCUGGGCGUGGACAACAGCCUCACGAUAUACGUGCUGGGCGCGCUCGCCGCGCUGCUGGGCUUCCUGUGCGUGCUGCUACUCAUCACCUUCAUCGUCAGGACUAGAGCGCUCAACCGUCGUCUGGAAGCCCUAUCCAUGACUAAAUACGGCUCAGUGGACUCCGGGCUGAACCGCGUGGGUCUGGCCGCGCCCGGGACCAACAAGCACGCCGUCGAGGGCUCCAACCCCAUCUGGAACGAGACCAUCAAAGCGCCGGACUUCGAUGCGAUCAGCGACGUUUCUAACGACUCGGACCUGAUCGGUAUCGAGGACCUGCCGCAGUUCCGCAACGACUACUUCCCUCCCGCUGACGACAGCUCCCUGAGGGGCAUCGUACUUGAUAAUCAGAACAACGACACGGUGGCGACUCACGGCAACAACUUCAAGUUCAACGCUAGCCCCUUCAGCCCGGAGUUCGGGAACACGCCCAUCCGGAGAUAAAACAAAAUCUAUGUGAAAGUAUUCAUGUAGUAUAAGAUACUGGCUAGUGGCUGUUCCCUGCGUAAACUUGCCCAGAAGACAUUUGUGGAAGAGAGACAUCGCUCUUCGCCGUGUGCCUGUCCCGCUCCCACAACUGUUAGGAAGUCGGAAGGUCCACUGGACCUCCGCAAUAUUAAAACUAUAACUGGGUAAUUUUACUAAGGUAUAACUUGGAUAAUCAGUCCAGUCGUUCAUAAAUUUUACCAAGUUUUUAUACAUAUUAUAUAGAUAGAUAUAGGUAAUAAUAAAUACACCGUGAUUUUUUAGUCGUCUUACAAAAGCAGCCCAGUUCAUGUAUCCAAUGACUACAACACGUUCAUGAUAAAAAAAUAGGUAUUUAUGAGAUUUGAAUAAAUUUAAAAUGCAAUUUUUAUUUAAUAUUAUGAUGCUAUUUGUAACUUUUUAGAAACACAGCUCUGUUGCGAGCGCGGUCCGAGCCUUGUAACAAUGGUGAGGGGCGCGGGCGGCGGCGUUUUUAUCAUUUUUAAGAGUAUAUUAUCUUAUUUGAUGAUAAAAAAAUAAUAAUCGCGCCUAGGGGUAUUUUACGUCGGAUACAUGAACUGGGCUACUUUUGUAAGACGACUAAAAAAUCACCGUGUAUAAUGUGAUGUCAAACUGUAGAUAUACUCGUAAUAAAUAUAAGUGCAUUUAUUUUGUAUACUGUGUUUUAAUAAAAAUAAAAGAUG